CAAAACAGGAAAAUGAAGUAAAAGAAUUGUAGGGGAAUGGAUAAGGUAAGGUGGAUUUUACAAGUUAGCAGUUGCAGUAGGGAAGGAGGGAAAGUAGAGCGUAAUUGGGAGAGAGAGAGAAAGAGCAAGGAAGCAGUUUUUUUAUUACGGGGAAAUGGCAACUGCAGCAGCUUCAAUCUGCAGCUCUUUUCUAGGAUAUCGCCAACACCUCUCAGCAUCAAUAUCAGCAAGGCCAAACCCUACACCAAUUCAACCUCCGAGAUUUCUCAGGAUCGAGGCCAACACCAAAACCAGACGCGAAAACCGGACUGCUCGCCAUGUCCGUAUCAGAAAGAAGGUUGAAGGAACUCCAGAGAGGCCAAGGUUAAGUGUCUUCCGCUCCAACAAGCAUCUCUAUGUCCAGGUGAUUGAUGACUCAAAGAUGCACACACUUGCUUCAGCUUCGACAAUGCAGAAACCUAUCUCUGAGGAGUUUGACUAUAGUUCUGGUCCUACCUUGGAAGUAGCUAAGAAGGUUGGUGAAGUCAUUGCCAAAUCAUGUUUAGAGAAAGGGAUAACUAAGGUGGCCUUUGAUCGAGGUGGAUACCCAUAUCAUGGACGUAUAGAGGCUCUAGCUGAUGCAGCUCGGGAAAAUGGCCUUCAAUUCUAAAUUCUAGUUGGUCAGUUCCUUUUGAACACUAAUUUCCUUUUUAGUUAGCCUUGUGCUGGACAAUGCAUCUACUUAUCGUUUGUUGAGGAGACUAUUUGUAGUUGUAUUGAAAAUGCAAUACGAAAAGGCUUUCUAUUUGUAAUUCUAAUUGUUGAAUUUGGAAUAGAUAUUCAAAUCAGACUUGAUGAUAAAGUCUGAUGAUUGGGAUC